GUGUAGUGCGCAGGUACAGCGGCUGCUACCGUAAUAGCAAAAUUUAUAAGAAAUUUUAUCCAAAAUUUUUUAGUGUUAUUAGAAUCAGAUUUAUUGAAUCUACACCAACAUGAGUCAUAUUUUUUCGACAUACAGCUAGCUUUCAGCUAUAAACUUUCAUCGUCUUUUUUAUAUCGGAGUGUAGCAGUUUGUUGUGUAAGCUUUUAACCGUAAAUGUUUGUGCGUUCAGGUUAAAAUGGAUAAAUUUUGGUGUCAAACAAACGUGCGAUAACAGAAUUUUAAGGGCAAUGAUGGGUGUCGAGUAGGAGUUUUUACCCCCCGUAAUUUUAAUUAUAUUUAAUAAUCCUUUUCGUUUCUCUGCGUUACUCCUUUAUUCUAAGUUUGACUCGAAAACCCACAAUGGUCAAGGAAAAGCCGAAUUCCACGCGGAUAUACGAUGAGGAGGGUUUUAGACGGCGGGCCGCGUGUAUUUGCGUUCGAUCGGAAUUGGAAAACGAGGUUUUGCUGGUAACAUCAUCGCGAAGGCCCGACAGCUGGAUUGUACCUGGAGGUGGUGUCGAACCAGAAGAAGAACCUAGCGUAACAGCCACACGCGAAGUGCUGGAGGAGGCAGGUGUGAUCGGAAAACUGGGCCGUAGCUUGGGUGUUUUCGAAAACACUGAGCAUAAGCAUAGAACAGAAGUGUACGUCAUGAUUGUAACGGAAGAACUAGAAGAAUGGGAAGAUUCACGUUCGAUGGGUAGAAAAAGACAGUGGUUUACGAUAAACGAAGCUCUGGAGAAGUUGGCCCUGCACAAACCGGUGCAACGCCAUUACCUUCAACAGCUACUCCGCUCCAAACUAACUUGACUGCGCGCGCGACUAUUUUACAAUCGAUGUACCGUUACUCUCCAACAUUGUGCUUUUGUUACGGUUUUGUGGGUUAUCAUUACAAGAAAUUUUGUAUGCGAUAUUAAUGUGACAUUUUAAUUAAAUUUGUAGUUUUAUCAUUUCCGCAGUUCGCAAUAAAUCUGCUCUAUACAUUUCAA